UGUGUGUGUGUUUUGUGUUUGGAGGAGGGACUCCAUCAUUUAAAGAAGUUAGAAGUUCCUGGUUUGUCAGUGAAGAAGUCAGAGAGGCAGCAGUAAACCAUCAGAGCCUCAACAUGAAAGUCCGUCACACUUUGAUCUGCUUCUUCUUCCUCUCUCUGCAGGAUGGAAACACUGGUCUCACCAAUGCCCAGAUCCCAUCUGUCCAUACAGGAACUGAAGGAGGAGAUAUCAGAGUUAGAUGCCCCUUUUCUUCACCUGGAGUCAGGAAGUUCUUCUGCAAGAGAGAAUGUAAACCAGAGGACAUCCUCACUGAAACAACUGGUGUCAGAAAUCAGAGAGGCAGAUACCGCAUCUCAAAUGAAAGAGGAGGAUUUUACUUUGUGCGCAUCACACAGCUGAUCAAGUCUGACUCAGGACGGUACAGGUGUGGUCUGGGGAGACCUUCAUCACCAGAUUCCUACCUGGAGUUUAAGAUCAUUGUCACAGAUGCUCACGUAGUUCCCACUUCAAAACCAAAACUGACUCUACCGGUCUUUUCAACAUCAGACCCAUCAGCCUCCACACCAACACAGAUUUCUCAGACUGACCAGCAGCAGACUGGGACAGCAUCACCUCGAGCUUUGACCUCCUCCACCGCUGUGUUGCUGUAUGUAGUUCCUAUAAUAGUCAUCCUCUCAGAGCUGACACUGAUGAUAAUCUGUAUUCAGAGGAACACCAAACCUAAAGGUUUGCAGACCAGAGGAAAUUCAGAUGGCACAAACAUGGAGAUCGCCCUCUAUGAGAACUGUCCUCCAGCUUCUACAUCUGAAUCCACCUACGAGAGCCUCGAUCCAGCCAGCAGGGAUCAGAACCAGACCUACGCUACACUCACACACACACAACACAAAUGAUGCUGUUUGUGUCUCACUGAGCACUGCAACUCUGCCAUAAACUCAGGUAUUCCGGUAGAUUAACGCUUUCUCACCAAGAAGCAGUCCACAUGAUCUUUAGCAGGUUUUAAUAGGAAAAAAGCACUUAGACCUACACGUUAGUGGUUCCAUUACAGUUUGGAUUCAGACCAGAACUUAAAAAAUUAGACCUUCCCCGACUGUCUUGGUUUCACUAUAACAGCCUGUGGACAGAUGUAAAGGGCUCAGGAUUGCUUUUCUGGCUAAAUCCAAAGGAUGAGAUGUUUAUACGCUCCCGGUGCCUUCUUUUCUGCUCCCCUACAGAAACAAAUGUGUGAAACAUUAGUUUAGAAACAGAAUUUGCAAACGUCAGCAACACAAAGUUCAAAGUCAAAACUAACAUUCCUGCAAAGAAGAAAAACAUUAUGGGUUUUGGUGGCUGACAUUAGAGAAUGUUAGCUUGCUUGCUAACGUGGACAAAUUGCUGUCCAAAGAAGCCAAAAGGUCAGCUGAUUGAUCCAGACUCCCAGGGCUGAUCUGGCUGGUGGAUUUACUGGCUUGCUGUUUGCAGGUUACUUUGGUGGCGUGAGUGGGCCAUGCCAGCGUUUUAUGACUAUAUUUAUUAUAUGUAUUAUUUAUUAUAUUACUUAGAUAAUUAUUUACCAUGUAAUAUCAAUAAAAUUAUAAUUUUUGAAAUAUCAUGCUGGGCAGCUAGCUUUUUUUCCAUGACAAUGUGUUUUAGUUUAUAUCUCUCCUGUCAUUUUCUUUUCUUUAAUUAAUGGUAAUGUUUGUAUCUGCUCCUGUGUAUAAUUUGUGUGUAUUAAUAGACAAUGAAAGAAUAAAAGCUGAUGUAGAUUCUCAUCACAAUAAAGAAUGAACAAUGUAAAAAUCA